AUGUUGCAUAAUCUUCCCGAUGAACUGUGGUUGGAGAUCUUCGACAUGGCUGUCGACGACUCCAGCCUCUUUGAACCCACUCUUCCCACCGCAUUCUCCGAGGCCUCUUGGUUCAAGUCGUUGUACGGAGACUGGUCACUGCGGACUGCUCAGGAGGAGGUGAACAGCGCUCAAAGGAAGAGCUAUGCUACCAAGAAAGCAAUCAUGAACACCUGCAGAAAUUGGCGGCGACUGGGCUACGAAUUCUACCACCGGUUCCUAUUCUUCAGCAACCCUCGUAACAUACAGCGUCUGUGUGCGCUUAUGGAUACCACUAAGGACCUGGGGAAGUGGACGAGGCGUCUGCACGUUACUCGUUACUUUGCCACCGGUGGUGCUUCCUCGGAGACAAUACAGAAUUCCCUCGUGGCCGUCAUCCGGCACUGUCCCAAACUCGAGACAUUCAUCACGAAUUGGCCUCUGUCCAUCUCCUUUUCCGCCAUUGCCAAUGCGCUGUGCACCUAUUCGGUCGAGACCCUGCGCGUGCUCCAGAUCAAUAUCCCCACUCUGUCCCUGCCGAAGCUUAUAUACAUGCUGCAAUGCCUUCCUAAGCUCGAGGUCCUGCACGUAGAAUUCGAAGGCGCGCCGCCAGAGUACCUUCCUCUUGGCGCUGCGGGGGAUCUCGAGCUCAACCUUCCCUGUCUGCAACAUCUGGCCAUCCGAGGACCAUUUCAAGACUUCGUCGAGCAAGCCAUCGCAUGGCGAUUGCCCUCGCUAAGGCUUCUCAGCCUCGACUUCAUCAACUAUCGCGAAGACUUUCCGGACAUCAUCGAGUUCCUGACAGAGCACGGUCAGGAGCUCACCUUCCUCGAUCUCAACUGCAUCCCCCCGCUCGAGGUCUCAUCUAUCCUCGACCUUUGUCCCAUGCUCGAGACUUUCACGUUCAAUCCCGACUGGCGUCUUGGCGGUUGGGAGCAUCACCCUUUCCUCGAGUCCCACCUUGUCAAUCAGCCUCACGCGAACAUCAAGACGAUCGGCUUGCACCACCUCAUGUACGCAUUUGGCGUCGGCUACGCCGCCACGUAUAACAAGGUCGACCCGUUCGUCACCCAGUCGAUCCGGCGGCAGAACGACGUCAACUUCGCCGCGCUGAACAAGCGCAACUUCCCGCGUCUCGAGCGCAUACGGGUACUCAACCCCACUCUCCUCACGGACUUGGAGAAGAACAACGGCCCGAGCCAGGCGUGUUUCGAGAGGUGGGAGCGGUGGUCGAGGCAGUGCCAGAAGAAUAAUGUCAGGCUCGAAGAUUGCACAGGGGCCCCCUUAGGCACUCUCCCUGAGGUCGACGAGGAAGAGGAGGACGACGAGAGUGCCGUGGGAGAGGGAGAGUUGCACCUGUCUACGUUGCGGGAGCUGCUGUUGGAAUGCAGGAAGAUGAAUGCCGAGCGAGAGCAGGAAACCUUCUCUCCUGCGUUGCAUAUGAUUUACGCAGGAGCUACGCAGGGAUAA